AUGUCGACCGCAGGCGCGGAUGCAAUGGUGCGUCCAAAUGAGCAGCAGGGUCCGACUAUUCUAGGAGCAACCUUGACGGUCACCAUCGCUGCCUUGAUCACCAUGAUCACUCGAUUAUAUGUGAGGAUCAAGCUGAUCAGGAACGUUGGAUGGGAUGACUAUGUCAUGAUAUCAGCCAUGUCUUUUGUAGGAUGCAUCGCAGGGCAAGGCGUCAUCAUCCCACAGGUCUACUAUGGAGCCGGUAAACAUAUUGAAUACAUUGAUCCAUCAGACUUCAGUUUGGCCUUCAAGUUGAACUUCAUAAGCCAGCCUCUGUAUUUGUUUGCCAUUGCUUUGGUGAAGAUAUCUGUUGGCUUUUUUCUACUACGAAUCGCCGUUCAGCAUUUCUACAGAAAGCUCAUCACUGGCAUCAUGGUGUUUAUGGUCAUCUACACCAUUGGUUGUUUCUUCACACUCGUGUUGCAGUGCACAGAUCUUCGGGUAAUGUGGGAUCCAACUGUCAAAGGAACAUGUUGGACUGGCACCACUCUCAAGGCCUUGGGCUAUACCAACUCAGCGCUGAACAUCACCACUGACCUCGCCUUUUCAGUGUUUAUACCAAUACCAAUGCUUUGGAACAUACAAAUGAACCGCCGACAAAAAGCUUCUCUCAUCGGCAUUUUCAGCCUAGGCAUCUUCGCCACCGCCGCCGCUCUCGUCAAACUCAGCUAUCUCCCCAACUACGGGCGGUCGGGAGACUGGCUCUGGGAUUCGCGCAACCUCACCAUCUGGACGGUUACCGAAUGCAACAUGGGAAUCGUAGCCGGCAACCUACCCUGCCUAAAGCCCAUAUUCCGCACGAUACUUGGCGCCACAUAUGGCCGUGGCUCGCGCAAAACCUCACAGCCCUACCUCUCAGGCCCCUAUGGGGCUGGUUCCCACCACCGCUCCGCCGCCAAGAACUACGAAUCGAUUCACUCGGGCCGGACAGAAGAAGGCGACUUCAAAAGCUACGGCCCGCCGGGCGAGGCCUACAUGCUCACGACGAUUGACGCGAGUCGCCCGUGCGGCGAAAAGCGCGACGAUGCUAGCAAGAGCAGCUCUGGCCGCAGUUCUCCCGCGCGCGAAAGCACGGAGAAUAUCAUUCGCUCACCGAGUACGGCGCGGACGUACGGCGGGCCGGGACGGAUUGCCGUCACAACGCAGGUGAACAUUACGGAAUCGAUUACUGGGCGGGAGAUUGAGGAAGAUGGGACGAGGCAGCAUCAUCGACCUGAGGCUAAACAUAUGGUUUAA